UGUCAGACAAAUGGAACAUAUCACAGAACUUUGCUAACAUGAACUACUCUACACAGAAAGCUGAACACCUUGGCAAACAUUCCAGAUUUGCAAAUAAACUAAAGAAAGGUUUUACUGCUGCAUAUCCAACACAAUCCUCCAUUCCUUUUAAAUCCCAAGCAACAAUAAUUAAAGAAUCAUUAAAAAAAGGAUUUAAUAGUCAAGCCAAAAGAUUUUGUCAUAAAAAGAAUGAUGUCCCAGGCCCUGGGUCCUACAACAUCAUCCACUGGUCUCCAGUGUUCAGCAGUGUCUCCUUGUCCAGGAAAGGGACCUGCACUUUUCCUUCCAUGAGUGCCCGAUUGGACACCAUUAUUUCUAAAUAUCCUGCGGCUAAUGCGUACACUAUCCCAUCCAAUUUUGCUUCGAAGAAAGACUUCAGUAAUUCUUGUUCCAGCAUGUUCCAGUUGCCAAUCUGCGUGAAAGUGCUCAAAUCUGAAACUCCUGCCCCAAACCAUUAUAAUGCCUCCACCUCUUGCUGCCAGCAGCAAAAUAAUGUCUCCGGCCGAGCUGGGUUUAUGUCUGAAACCCAGAGGGGACUGUUCACUGCCGCUGCUGUGGGACCCGCUCUAGGGCAUUAUGAUGUCAAUGAAUCCCUCGUGAAGCAGUCACCAAAGAUAUUAAUGUCUUGUUUUAAAUCAAAAACUGACCGUGGAUUAAAACUGCCAACAGGCCGAGGGCCCGGUUAUUACAACCCAGAUGAUCACACCAAGGUUUCAAAAAAGUCUGUUAUCCCGAAAAGCCCCGUCCUGAACUUCUCAGCCCAGCCCUUACCUCUGCCCCCAAAGCCAUCUCUUCCAGGCCCUGGUCAGUAUGAGACUGUGAACUACGCUGGGCCCACCAAGCAUUUCGUCUCUAGCUCGUCCUUUGUGUCCAACACCAGCUGGUGGAUAAUGGUACCUUCCCAGCCAGGCCUCCCUGGCCCAGCCACAUACAAGCCCGAGCACCCAGGGAAGCAGUCCUUCCUCUACAACGAGGACAACAAAUGGGUCCCAGUAAUGUAGCAACGCCACGUGAGCUCAGGGAGAACCUCAGCUCCCAGGUCCCCAACCCCAGCUCCCCAGGAUAUUCACUAGGAGAACCUGUGCUUUGUUUGUGGCUGCUGACAAGGUCACCCUGCCCAGUGGUGUACCCUGGUUGCUGAAGUGGCCUUGUCUCGAGCUGCCUUGGGAGACUAACUCAGAGCCAAUUCCAGUGUUUUCCUGAGUAGCAAGGAGGAAUGGCCAGAGGCCCUGGUCACUUCCCUAGUCAUCUGUGCAGGUGGCUCUGGAAUGACUCUUCCACAGAUUCCAGGGACUCCUGAAGCACAGACUCCACAGAGGAGAGUCCAUCUUCCAUGAAGGUAGCUGGUGGCAAAUUCCCUGUCGAUAAACCUGGUGCCCGGCCAGGUCUCUGGGGUCUGAGAGUACCCAGGUGCAGACCCAAUCAACUGCCCUUGGCUUCCAGACUCUUCCUCAUUUCCAAGAGCCAGGAAGGGCCAGCAGCUCCUUGGCAGACACUCGAAGGUAUUGCCAGCCGCCCUGAACCUUCACAUGGCACUUUCCCGAAGAACAUGGAAGCUAGUUCACCUUUACUCAUUACUCACUGCUGCAGAGGCUGCUGCGAAGUUCACAGGCUCUGCCUCAAUAGCAGAUAUGACAGCACUCUGUGGAGCUUGGGCCCCAGAAACAGCAAUCCAAGGGGCAGGAAGGCCAUCCUGUGCCCUGUGCCUACAGGCUGACACCCCCAACCCUCCCUGCCUGCGCCUGCUCCAUCUACCCCCUCGCUGACCCUCUGCACCAGUGUCUGAGGAAGACUUGUUGACAAGUUUGUCAGUCUUUAAUGGAUCUCUUCUGACUUGCCAAAUCUUUUCCCUUCUGCAAGAGGAAGACUAAAGAACUCAGAUGAAAUAGACCUAACCACACAUCCUCUCCUUCUCCAAAUAUUGAUGUUGUCCAGCACUGCUGUCAGUGGGGCUCUCUGUGCAUCCUCCCCACACCCCCCCACCUCGCUCCCCCACACCAGGCUCUCACUUCCCCACGCUCUCCCCCUGACUGUGACUGUGAGUGGCACAGCUGUGCCUUCCUGUCAGAACUUCCUGCUGACUGGCUUUGCCUUUGGGAAGGCUGAGGGACAAGGAUGGGUAUUCUAUUCAAUUAAACUGAAUUCUUGCUUCCCACAAAAGCUGGCCUUUUUCUUAGAUACUUGAAGAGACCCCAAUGGCCUUGGAAUGAAUGAGAGGCAGCCUGGAGUGCCUUGCCAAGAGCAGGAGCUCUGGAUUGAAGGGCAGGGCAGCCUCCUAUGUCUGUCUGCACGGGCCCGUGGCUUUUUCUUGAAGGGAAGUUCUGGCAGGAGUACAAGGGCUCCAAGGUCCAAUGUUCCUGGGGCUGUGCCAGUGAUGCUCUGAGUGAAACAGGUGGGGCUCCAGGGGCUGGGGCUGCUGCUGUCUGACGGUAUCUGGAGCAACCCCAACCAAUGGCUUCCGGAUCUGCCACUGUCAGUAGGAUGGAAAAAUCUUUACAUGAACCCUCCUGGCCGCUCAGAGGGCUCCACCAAGUGAAGACUGUGUCUCCCUGAGCUCCUCUAAGUGAGUCAGGAGAGAGGGCUGGGGAGAGAAAAGCAAGCAGCUCUCAGUCAAUCACAAUCCACGUUCCACAGCCCAGCUGGCCAGGCUGACACCCUGAGCUCAGAGAGUCUGUUUUGUGGCCCACAGCCUCUCUUAAGCUGUCACAGGCUACCCACAUCCCUGUCCAGCCCAGAGGUCCCUGAGCCCCAGCUGGCUAUUAGGCUCAGCUCAGGAGCAUGCCGGGGCCCCGGCUCUCAAAGUUCUAAUUUCAUUGGCCAUCGGUAUCUUUAUUAAAGUUCUUGGUGUGAUUGUAAUGUAGCCAGCUAGGCUUAAGAUACACAGAUAGCUCAAUAAAGUAGUUCUUGAAUUUUAGUAUGUGUACUGAUUACUUGGAGAUCUUGAAAUGCAAUAGGUUGGGAGUGGGGGCUGAGAGUUUGCAUUUCUAACAAGCUCCAGGUGGAGCUUAGUCCAGGGGCUAUGCUUAGAGUAGCAAGAGUUGAA